AUGCAAGCAACUCUUCAGAAAUGUGGCAAAGAUUCGGUUAAAAAUUUGGAGCGACGAAGGUUGCGUGAAAGCAACGCGUUGAAUUUCACGGACUCAUCAAGGCGAUCUCGAAAAGCAGGCGAGAUGACAGAACUGUGCAGUCAUUAUAAUUUUCCGUGUGAAAACCCGCGAUAUCCAGGGUCGACGCAUUGCAUUGAGCACAUACUGGAAGAUCUGCAAAAUACGAGCUUCAUGCAAUGUUCUUACGUGCACAAGAAUGGGAAAAGGUGUUUCGGGACGUGCCCGGUUUCCAGGAAAGAGGGAUUGUGUGACGAUCAUCUGAUGGAAUAUGAGAGGCUGAAGAAACUCGCCGACAGAGAUGUUUCUGUGCCAUCGACUCGUCUGGACGAGAAAGACGAGGCGUUGUUCAGAGCCUAUGCAGAUUUCAAACGAGACCUGGGAAUGGAUCAGACGGGUGCGGCGUUGUCAGCGACCAGGGAUGAUCCUUUUAUGUUCGGCAGUGACGACGAUGUCGACGACGAAGACGAGGAAUUGGAAGCCUAUAGUAGUGGUAUUUUCGGAAGGUGUGAUCGAGAAUCGCUCACGAUCGGGAUGAGUCGUCGGGAUGACGCCGACGAUGACUGUCCUUAUUUUGCCGAGUCCAGUUGUCACUUGGAGAAUGCGGGUACCCUGACGGAGGAGGAAGUUUUAACAAUCGCCAGCGAGAAGAUGCUUCGACUGCGUGAACUUUACCAAAAAGAGCAAGAUUUGAUCAAGCGAUCGUUGGCGGAGAAGCGCAAAAAGUACCUGACCACCGCUCGUCGAGAAGUUGAGCUUUACGGAACGGUCGUUCCGUCUCGAGAAUCCGUUCGGGACGAGGGCAAUUCGUAUACGAAAUUCAAAUGGUUGCGUCGGCUUUCGAGGUUCCGUGGACCUGAGGCAGUUCUGCUUGCAAAGUCGGUUCGUUCGGCAGCGCGGAAAGAGGGCAAUUCCCCCAAGUGCGUUUAUGCGCCGCAACGUGGGACGAAGUGCGGCGAAAAACCGAUUUGUGGAGCCAAAUAUUGCCUGAAGCAUAUUUUGAGUGAUCCGUACCAAGUGCUGUUUCGACCUUGUGACUUUCAAGUUCCAGACGCUGAAGGUCGUUGUCAGGAGCCGGUAUUUCCACUGUCGACAGGCUUAACACUCUUUUGCCUUGAAGAAAAUGAAACGUUGCACUGCGUGAUGGACUAA